UUUCAAUAUACUUUACACAGUCAUGUAUAACUGACGUGUCUCUGUUGGAGCAAGUGGAAAAUAAAUUAGCAUUUAAACGCAUAUAAAAGUAAAAGUAUCAAAAUGUCAACUAAUUUUUCAAUUAAUGGCAAAAUUUACAAAAUACCACUAUCCAGUCUACCAGCGGAUAUAACUUUAAAUACUUUUAUUCGUGAGCAUGCGGGACUCACAGGUACAAAAUUGAUGUGCCAAGAGGGCGGUUGCGGUGUAUGUAUUUGCGUUGUUACGGGAAAACAUCCGAUUACUGGAAAUAUACGAACAUGGACUGUCAACUCUUGUUUGACAUUGCUGAAUACGUGCACUGAUUGGGACAUAACAACUACAGAAGGCAUUGGUAAUAAGAAUGUUGGCUACCAUCCGAUUCAGACACGUUUGGCCAAAAUGAAUGGCACUCAAUGUGGUUUCUGUUCGCCUGGAUUCGUAAUGAAUAUGUAUGGUUUAUUGAAAUCUAAGAGUGGCAAUGUUACUAUGAAAGAGGUGGAAAAUUCUUUUGGGGGCAACAUUUGUCGCUGUACUGGAUACCGACCUAUAUUAGACUCUAUGAAAUCUUUUGCAGUCGAUAGCACAAUUGAAAUUCCUGCAGAGUGUCAGGAUAUUGAAGACAUCAAUAAUAUAGUAUGUGCGAAAUCUUCAAAUAGUAUGUGCCAAAGUUCUUGUAGCCUCCUUUCAAAACGAUCACCAAUAGAAUAUAAGGACGGUAGUCAUUGGUAUUGGCCCAAGUCAAUCGCUGAAGUCUUCUCAGCUAUCGAAAAAUUACAAAAUAACAAAUAUAUUUUGGUUGCUGGUAAUACUGCUACUGGUGUUUUCCGACGUGAUCCCUCUAUUAACACAUUUAUCGAUGUCAAUGGUGUAGCUGAACUUAGACAACACAGUAUUACCCCAAAAGCCAUAACAUUAGGCGGUAACUUAAGUUUAACAGAUACAAUGGCAAUAUUUGAGGAGGCAGCUAACAUCAAAGGGUAUGAAUAUUGUGAGCAACUGUGGAAGCACUUUGAUUUGAUUGCAAAUAUACCAGUACGAAAUAUGGGUACCUUAGCAGGUAAUCUUAUCAUGAAGUACUAUCAUAACGAUUUUCCAUCCGAUGUACACAUCGUAUUUGAAGCACUAAACGCUCAAGUGGUACUUCAAGAAAAUGCUGUAGAAGAAAAAACACUUACAAUGGCAGAAUUCCUGCAAACUGAAAUGAACGGUAAAAUUAUCAGAGCAAUUAUUCUUCCACCUUAUUUACGUGAACAAUAUAUCUUUGAUUCCUACAAGAUUAUGAUAAGAGCCCAAAAUGCGCAUGCUUAUGUUAACGCCGCAUUUCUAAUAAGUGUCGAGAGACCAAGCCUUAAAAUACAAAACGCCCGUAUUUGUUUUGGAGGUAUAAGUCCUGAGUUCAUCCAUGCCACGGAAAUCGAAGAAACAUUAAAAGGAAAACAGCUCUAUGAUACAGAAGUUGUUGCAAAAAUUUUCUCAAUAGCCAGUAAUACUUUGACUGCUGAUUCAGUUUUAUCUAAUGCUUCGCCUGAAUAUAGACAGAAACUUGCCUGUGGUCUGCUUUAUAAAACCAUAUUAAAAAAUACUCCAGACCGCUUAAUACCAGAGAAAUUACGAAGCGGCUCUGAAAUACUUAAGCGUCCACUAUCCUCUGGCAAACAGGUAUACGAAAGUAUAACAGGAGAUUUUCCUGUUCACCAACCCAGUGAAAAAUUCGAGGGUUUAAUGCAGACAUCAGGGGAAGCAACUUAUGCAAAUGACAUUCCCGCACCACCAAAUCAACUAUGGGCUGCUUUUGUUACUGCUAAACAUGUGGGGGCCACAGUGACCAAUAUUGAUACUUCAGAUGCAUUCAAAAUAUCAGGUGUAGUUGCAUUUUUAACAUGCAAAGAUAUUCCAGGAAAAAACACAAUUACUGGCGAUGAACCCAUGUUUUUCUUGGAAAACGAAGAAUUAUUUGCAAGCGGCACAAUUAAAUAUUACAAUCAACCAAUCGGAUUAAUAGUAGCAGAGUCAAAUGCCACUGCUAACGUGGCAGCUGAGUUAGUAAAAAUCACUUAUGAUUGCAACGAAGGUGAAGUUUUUCCUACUCUUCAUGAUGUUAUCAACAGUGGCUGCUCUAAUAGAAUCAAUCAUACGGUUAAGUCACUUAUAGAAAAUCUAAAUGUUGAAGAAAAAUAUGAUGUACGUGGCUCCGGAAAAUUGGAUUUGGGCCUGCAAUACCAUUUUUUCUUGGAACCAUAUACCGCCGUAGUUAUUCCUUUUGAAGGUGGAUUGGAGGUGUAUGCAACUACUCAGUGGAUGGACCUUCAACAAGGAGUACUGGCAGAUUUACUUGGUAUGAAAAUUAACCAAAUUCAGGUGAAAGUUCGUCGUUUGGGUGGAGGAUUCGGGGGUAAAGGAACCAGAAGUUCCUUCGCUGCUUGUGCUGCUGCUUUAGCUGCCUACAAACUUAAUCGUCCAGUACGUUUCGUUCAAUCUAUAGAAUCAAUGAUGAAUAUCUUAGGAAAGCGAUGGGCUUUUCAUUCUGAGUACGAAUUUUACGUUAAGCAGACAGGAAAAAUAGUUGCUUUGCGUACCGAAUUUUACGUGGAUGCUGGAUGUCAUCCCAAUGAAUCCCCAAUGGGCCAUACUGUUUUAGUCUCUAAAAAUUGCUAUGAAUUUACUGAUAAUUACAAAUUAGAUGGAUUUAUGGUUAUAACCGACUCACCCAGCAACACACCCUGCCGAGGGCCUGGUUCCGUCGAGGGAAUUGCAAUGAUUGAAAACAUUCUCGAACACAUUUCUUUUGAAACAGGACUAGACCCAGUCGACGUACGUAAAGCUAAUUUAAUUCCAGGUCAUAAAAUGGAUCAAAUGAUAGAACACUUUAUCCAAUCAACUGAUUACAAAAUGCGAAAGCAGAAUGUUAAAACCUUUAAUGAGAAUAAUCGCUGGCGAAAGAAAGGUCUGGGAAUCGCCAUCAUGGAGUACCACAUUGGCUACUUUGGACAAUUUCCUGCUACUUUAGCCAUUUAUCAUCGUGAUGGCACAGUAGUCAUUUCACAUGGUGGUAUUGAAAUGGGUCAAGGUAUGAACACGAAAAUUGCACAAUUAGCGUCUCAUCAAUUAGGCAUACCAGUGAAUAUGAUUCGAUUCGAAGGUAGUAAUACUAUUAAUGGUGCUAAUGGCAUGGUGACAGGAGGAUCUAUUGGCAGCGAAACACUCUGCUAUGCGGUUCGCAAAUGCUGUAAUACAAUUAAUGAACGUCUAAAAAAUGUACGGGAAUCCCUUAAAAAUCCGUCAUGGUUAGAAAUAAUACAAACAGCUUACAAUAAACACAUUAGUUUGAUUGCAAGCGAAAAUUGUAAGGCCAACGACAUGGAUCCCUAUACUGUUUGUGCUCUAGGUCUAAUUGAAGUGGAAGUCGACAUACUUACCGGAAAUUAUCAUCUUACUCGUGUGGAUAUUUUGGAAGAUGCUGGUGAGAGUCUGAAUCCAAAUGUAGAUAUUGGACAAAUUGAGGGAGCAUUCAUGAUGGGUCUCGGCUAUUGGACUUCUGAAGAAAUAGUUGUUGAUACAAAUACUGGGGAAUUGCAGACCAACCGUACAUGGAACUAUAAACCCCCCGGAGCUAAAGAUAUACCAAUAGAUUUUCGCAUUGAGAUGUUAGCCGGCAGUCCAAACGUAGCUGGCUUUAUGCGAUCUAAGGCAACUGGUGAGCCAGCAAUUUGUUUGGGAAUAGCUGUAGGUUUUGCUUUACAGGAGGCCUUACAGUCUUCCCGUUCAGAUGCUGGUUUAUCGAAAAAGUGGAUUCCGUUAACUGCGCCUAUGACGCCAGAGCGAGUUUUAUUACAUUCGGGUACCGAUUACAGCAUGUUGCAUCUGAAUUAUACUUAAUUGCACAAAUUGAUAAGAAAUUCGAUUGAUUCAAUUUUUUCACAUACUGAAUGUUUAUGCAUCCCAACUCGUUAGACGUCAAAGUGGUUUAUAUACCUACGGAUAUAUAAGAACAAACGUUUUUUAAUAUAUUCUAAUGUUUAUAGGCACAUGUAUAAUUACAUAUAUUUUAAAAUAAAUUUAAAACAUAUAAAAAAUUAAAAUAUUUUUGUGAAUGAUUUUUUAUUAAAAAAAAUCGCAAUAAAGCACUACAAAGCAUAUUAUGUAUAUGUUAGUGUAUAUAUAAAAAAAUUAGCUACUAUGAACCAAGUAACAAAACUAUAACGUUGCACAGAUGAUCAUUGCGCCUGAUCCCCUAACAUAUAUACAGUGGAACUUCUCUAACUUGAAUCACCAUAAUCCACGAAAAAACUUCGAGUUAUAGAAUUUUCAUUAAAACACGAUUUUUCUAAAGGCUGUAAAAUAUAGAUUUAUACCCAGUUUUAUUUAUUUACUUCGCAUGAAAUUUUAUGUUCAUACGUUAAAACAUGUAUUCUGUAAUUUUGUUGGUUGCAAUUUGUUAUUGUUUGGCUCUUAACGUCUGUAUCUCAUGCCUUUGUUACAUGAUUUAUGCAAUCCAUAUAUUUUGUUCGCCGCCGUACGAUUUAGAGGAACUCUUUUAAAAUUGUUCGUUGAUGGCAAAAUUUUAAAUUAAAUUAAGUACCCCAUACAAAUAAUUAUAUGUGCAUGAACUUUUUGCAAAUAAACUAAAAGAUUAGAAUAUUGUAAAAGGUUUCUGAGUAUGCAGGUUUGUUAUUACUAUUAUAUA